CGGGGGAAAGGGAAGUUUACUAGAAAAAAAAAGCUCACAAAUUGCGAAGACAGAGAGAGUUGGAGGGAAUGUCGUUUAGAGGGAAGAGAAAGGAUGGAGAGGGUCUCGCUUCCGACGAGAACGAGGAUCACGCGCCUCCUAAUAAAGUCUCCAAGAUUUCUUCUGCAGUCGACUCUGACGAUUCCGACGAUGUCGUCGUCUGCGAGAUAUCCAAGAAUAGGAGAGUUUCAGUGAGGAACUGGAAUGGCAAGAUUUGGGUUGAUAUUCGUGAAUUUUAUGUCAAGGAUGGUAAACAGUUGCCUGGCAAGAAAGGUAUUUCUCUAAGUCUGGACCAGUGGAAUGUUCUAUGCGAUCAUGCAGAGGCAAUCGAUAAGGCACUUGCUGAGAACUCGUAGGAAGUAGAGAUAUGGUAUACCAAGGGAAUCUAAGGACCUUUUCAUAUAUUUUGGAAAGUUAACUUGCUGGAGGCCUAGGUUUUGUUGUUUAUGAUAGAUCUUAACUUGUUUUUGAAGUUGCUAUACUUAGAAGAUAUUUUAUGCGGACCUCCAUUUUGUGUAAUUAGUUGUGUAGCUUUCAGCUAUUAGACUGAAUUUCAGCUGUAUCUUUCAUGUUGGAUGAUAUUAACAUGAUCUGUGAAAUGGAGACGUAAAAAAGGAACUAGAUGGUGAAUUUUGCUAUUAA